CGUUUUUAGUCUGGCAGUGCAUCGCACGUGUGUUGGGGAGUUCAGCAACGGGAACCAAUAAUGGGUCGCCACUCAUCAAGCAGUGAAGGCGAAAGCCGCAGCAGGAAGAAGAAAAAACACCGUCGCCGCUCGUCUUCGUCUUCCUCCUCGUCGUCGUCGCCGUCGUCGUCGUCCUCCGGGAGUCGGGUGACCGGCAGUCGGAGCCACAGGUCUAGCCGCCGGAGCCGCUCACGGUCCAGGGACAGGAGACAAAAGAGACGUUCAAGCAGCACCUCGUCCCACAGUUCGUCUCGCAAGAGGAGAAGUCGUAGUGGCGACAAGGGAAGGAGCCACCGCUCGCACAGGUCACGCAGCCGGGACAGAAGGUCUCAUUCUCGCCAGCGGCGAUCUCACAGCAGGAGCGGUAGCCGCAGUCGUCGAGGCAGCCACGGCCGCCGAAGGAGCCGAAGCAGGAAUCGGACCCGGAGCAGGCAUAAGGGCCGCGACCGGGAUAAAGACAAGGAGAGGGACAAAGGACGAGAUCGGGACAGGGAGAAGAACAAGGACAAGGCGGAGAAAAUGGGAGAUGCUGAGAGCAUGAAAGCAGGAUUGGAACAUCUGACACCAGCAGAGCAGGCUAAGGUUCGAAUGCAGAUGGUCCUGCAGGCUGCAGCCAAAACAGAUGAAGUUCUUAAGGCCAAAAUAGCCAAGCAAGAGGAGGAGGCCCGAAAAAAACUGGAUUUAGCGGGAACUUCUCUGGAGGAGCAAGUGCGAAGGAUAAAGGACAUCGAGGCCAUCGAGAGCGACUCCUUUGUUCCACAGGCUUUCAAAUCAACCCGGGCCGACAUCAAGGUUGAGCCUGUGAAGCAGGAGUCAGACAGAACGGACUACGCAGACAUUAGUCUUCCUCUGUCCAUCGUCUAUAAUGACAACGACACUCUGGCUCAUCCUGCUCUGUUCAUGGACAAAGAGAAGGCUGAAGAGUUGUGGCUCAACCGACUUAUGUCACUACGCCAGGAGAGGCUCAUGGGAAGUCCUGUGGCCUAACCAGAGAACGCCAGAUGAUGUGUCCUGGGCCCGGAUCCCUUUCCUCUCUACUUCCUGGCUCCCACAUUUCCACAGAAUUUUUGCUUCAUUGUAUUCUACGCGUUCCACUGAAACUUUGAGAAGGGAAUCCAAUGGAAAUUAAACCAUAGUGAAACUGGCAUGAUUAUGGUUUUCCUGCUGUUAGUAUGCUCUUGUCAAAGACCGAUAACUCUCCCAGUAAAGAUGACACGAUUGAAGUUAGCAUGUUAGUUAUAGAGUGGUAAACAAAAGUCUACACACCUCUGUUCGAAUGCCAGCUUUUUGAGAUAUAUAUUCCAGCAUGAAUGUGAUCUGUAACCUGUACAACUCAAUUGAAAAGAGAGAGAUAAUGUGGUUGCCUCGGUGUGCACACCCUCUUAUAACUUGGGAAUUGACUGAGUUCUGAAUUCAGAUGUUCUAGUAGGCUUGACUAAGGCCCAGUACAAAAGCAUGAUGCAGCCACCACCAUGCUUCAGUGUUGGUGUGGUCUUCUUUUGGUGAUGAGCGAUCUUAUGAUUGCGCCAAACAUGGUUUGGGGAAUUACGGACAAAAAGUUAAACCUUGAUGUCAUUGGACCAUGAUACAUUUUCUCACACACAUUUGGGUGGCUUAAAGUGUUUGUUUGUUUUCUUCUUUGUAAUUCCGUCUUGUGGUGGUACUUACCCCAUAGCCCAAAAAUUUGAAAAGGAUGGGAGAUUUUUGUCACAUGUGCUAAACAGCCAGUAUUUGCGGUAAAUUCCUGCAGCUCCCUCAAUGUUGCUGUCUGCCUCUCUGCAGCGUCCGUGGCCCAUUUUCUUUUUUGGAGGGAUGUCCGGUUCUUGGACCAACUAUGAUUACCAAGAACCAUGGUAGUAAUAUCGCUGUAUGUAAGAUGUGACAACAAAAAUGUAAGGAAAAGAUUAACAGCAGAACCUUAAAUUGAGUUGUAAGGGUUAUGUCACAUUAAUGGUGGCAAACAUUUUGAAAUGGUUUAUCCUGGUCUCAUUUUCUAUGUAACAAAAAAAAAAAAAGACAUUUGAACAGGAAUGUGGAGACUUUAUACAUCCACUGUAGCGUGUGUUGUCCUUUGUUGAAAACAAAUAAAAAGAGCUGAUAUAAAGGUGUCUUACUUUUUAUUUUAUUUAAUUUUUUUACUGUAUGCCCUCACCUUGUUGACUGUAUAUAUGUACUUCUCAUGACUGAAUGUUAAUUAUGAGUGACAUUUUAAAGCAGCGUAGCGAAUCAAGAGCCGGACCUAUUUAUGGAGCGGGCCAGAUGGUAAAUCUAUACCCAGCGUGGGACACUUUGUCACACCGCCAUCGCCUCCAAAUAGCCAGUGUGGUAAUGAAGUCUUAAAUACAACUAUGCUCAAAAGCAAGAGCACA